GCAUUCAUAAACUAAUACUAAUAAUAAGAAUCACUUUAUUCCCCAAAAGUGGAUUUUCCAUUGGCAUCAUAACCAACCAUGUGGUUUCUGAUGCCAAAACAUCCACCAUGUUCUUCAAAUCAUGGGCUUCCAUUUGUAGUACACUCUAUAAUACUAAUAAUAAGAAUCUCCCCACGUUGUCAUCUGAGUUGACACCAUGUUUUGAUAGAACGUUCGCCACGGAUCCAAAUGGAUUGCAUACACUUUACGUUAAGUCUUUUGAAAUCUUUGUCACUAACCCGAAAGAGGUGAUCUCGGAUGAUGUGGUGUAUGCCACGUUUGAGCUUACACGCAUUGACAUAGAGAAGGUGAGGAGAAGAGUGGUAGCAACUUCUUCAUCCACUCCUCGUCGUUUAACCACUUUUAUGUUGGCGUUUUCUCUUGUAUCGACUUGUAUUCUCUUGUAUGGGGUUUUUUCAAUGGCGGAGAGUAGAAAUGGGGAUGGGGGAGUUGAGCUUGGAAUUGCUCUUCCACCUCAAGCUAUGGACAAGUUUUGCUCUAUAUUUUCAGAGACGGUGAUCUCGGAUGAUGUGGUGUAUGCCACGUUUGAGCUUACACGCAUUGACAUAGAGAAGGUGAGGAGAAGAGUGGUAGCAACUUCUUCAUCCACUCCUCGUCGUUUAACCACUUUUAUGUUGGCGUUUUCUCUUGUAUCGACUUGUAUUCUCUUGUAUGGGGUUUUUUCAAUGGCGGAGAGUAGAAAUGGGGAUGGAGGAGUUGAGCUUGGAAUUGCUCUUCCACCUCAAGCUAUGGACAAGUUUUGCUCUAUAUUUUCAGAGACGGUGAAAAGCUAUGUUGAUUAG